UUAUAGCACAGAAACAUCACAGUUUUUAUAUCAGUUUCAUGUCUAAAAGCUUUAUGCAAUAAAAUGUCAUUAGCUGUAAACUGUUGUUCCACACGUAUGAAGCAAAACAGACAAACAAACAUCACAUUGGAUUCAUUUGAGGACUGUCCAAGUACUUGUUGAUAUUUUGAGUGAAAAAUAGUUGGAUUCCUGUGGAUGUGAACAAGUUUUUAUCGGCCCUUUUCACGGCAGACAUGUUUGUAAUAGAAAGAAAAGCACGCUGUGGUUUCAAGUUUGGCAGUAGGCCAUGGCACAGUCGUACAAAAAUAUGUCUCGGGCAAAACAUUUCACCCAUAUGUGACUGUUAAAUGUGCCAUUAAUCUGCUGCCAUACCAGCCUCAACUCUUCUGAUUUCAGAUCCCAACUCAGCCACAGGAGCGGUAGUGUGGAUGACUGGGGAAAAAACAAACUGUUAACACUGUCGUCUAAAAUAUCAUUUAAUGUUUAGACAUUGAAAGAAAAUAGACCAAAAGUGCACAAAAAUAAAAUAUGGUCGACGUGUGCAAAAGAACAGCUGCAAGAUAAAACUAAGUGUCCAACACUCUUGGUUGCAUGUAAAGCUUUGACUAAAAGACUCAUAACUGUUGUUCAGUAUGAUUUUGGGUCUUGUUGAGGCCACGAAAGAGUCUAACAGCCUUCAUAUGACUGCGUGCGCUCUCUAAGAAAUCAUGUAACUUUUAAAAUUUUUACGUAAACUUGUAUCGUUUUAUUAUGAAUCAGUAAUUGGGAUUAAAAUUGAAAUUCCGUAUCAUCCCAUAUAAAUGUGUCCUAGAGAGGACACUGCUGGAGGCAUUUUCACUUUGCAAAAAAAAAAAAGUAAGAGUAAUUUGAACUGUAAAAACACAACACAGUGUCUUUGAGACAACUUUUCAGUCACAUGAAAACCUGAACAAAUUGUGUGAAAUGCACAUUAACACAUCUGAAGGGAAACGAGCCCUCACACCGAGCUGUUGCUGUGUUGUGAAUGGGUAUAUAUUCUGUGGCAGUCAGCACCAGCAGCAGUCCUCAGGUUCACAGAAGCUUCACCAACAUGAACACAAUUUUCUUCAUCGGCCAAAUAAUCGGCAUCCUCCCCAUCUCUGCCUUCCUGCUCUUCACCCUCGCCAAGCUGGUUUCCCGCCGUCGCCUCAACCAUGUGGAGGACGGUUACGGCUACGCUGUGCUGAUAACCGGCUGUGACAGCGGCUUCGGAUACCAGCUGGCUCAGUGUUUGGACCACAAAGGGUUUGUGGUCUUUGCCGGGUGUUUGUCUCCAGAAGGAGCCGGUGCCCAGAGCCUGGCCAGACAGAGCUCCAGUAAUCUGAAAAUCCUCAAACUGGACGUCACCAGUGAUGAAGAUGUGCAGCAGGCGAAGAAGAUGGUCCAGGACAACCUGCCAGAGAAAGGUCUGUGGGCGGUCGUAAACAACGCCGGGGUCUCGGACUGGGCCGAGAUCGAAUGGAGCACUAUUGAGGAUUUCCGCAACAUGGUUGACAUCAACCUGUUCGGCUGCAUCAGGACCUCUAUCGCAUUUCUACCUUUGGUUCGUGCUGCUAAAGGUCGGAUGGUUUAUGUGUCAAGCAUCUUCGCCUUCUUCAACUGCCUGAACAUGGGAGCGUACAGCGUGUCAAAGAGGGGACUGGAGGCGUUUGCAGAUUGCUUGAGGGUUGAAAUGGCCAGUUUUGGCGUGAAGGUCAGCAUCAUCCAGCCGGGUAAUUUCGGCCGAGCCACCAACAUCUUGAGGAUGAAAUCAGCUUUGGAUAUCUGGGAGAAACUAGACGACGAGCGAAAGCAAACCUUCAACCAUCAGUACAUCGAGCUGGCCAGUGAGUACUUCAUGUCAAUGUGCAAGUCGGGAUUCAAGGACGCCAACCUGGUCAUCAACGCAAUGCUGCACGCAGUCAUGUCCGCUCAGCCAAAGUACAGAUACCUGCUGGUCUCUGCGAUGGACAGGUUUUUCUUCCAGCUCUUCCCUUUCCUCCCCACUGUCCUCACUGAUGCUGUGUUUUCUUUUAGCUCCAUGUACACCAAAAGAAAAGAAAUGCUUUACGUGAAAUAGGAAAGACAGUUAUGAGGUUAUUUUUCAUUUCUUCAUUUUCAGUGUACUUAUCCUGUCAUUAUUAGCACCAUGAUUAUUCCUGGUCUUGUAUCUUCUCUGAGCUGCUGCUUUUUCCCUCAUUAUUUAAAGAUAUACAGAUAUACAUAUGUAUGAACAAACACUUUAUACCUAAUGAUGUGUGUAAUCCUAAUAAAGCAUAUACCCAAUCAUA